CUUGCUGCUGUGUUUGGUAGUAGCAUGUAGAUGAGAGUAGAGGACUCAUAGCAAAGGCUGCUGGAGGUGACUUUCCCGAGAAGCAGGCUAAAUAAAGGGAACUUUCGGUGACAGUUUGCCUCGAGAACAUGGACUACUGGGUAGGUGUCUCUGUACUUUCUCUCCGUCUCACGUUACAGGCAGUGUGGCAGACGGGACAAUGACAGUGCGGCUUCAGGACGCCCGAAGAAGCAGACUUGUUUAUCAGUACUGAAGUGAGCUAAUGGCCCGACUUGUUUUGCUGUGAGGGAUGCUCCGAGUCCACAAGCACUGGCAGGCACUCUUGUUAUGAGAGCUCCGUGUUACAGAUAUAUGGUUGUUUUUCAGGAAACAUUUAACCUUCAUCGAUACUUUUUGGCCCUGGUAUAAAAGAUGUAACUACAGGUUCAUGGUCCACUUUUAUUGGUUUAAAGUCUAAUAAAAUGAGAUCCAUCCUCUGUGUGCGUGUUUUGCAGCUCCUUCACUAUUGUUUAUUGUGGCCUGCCUCUGUUUAAAAGUAGAAAUCCUGUUCAACAUAAACCUGCAGGAAGUUUAAACAAAGCACUACUCUUAGUAGUCCCACGGGAGAGUUGUUUAAGGUUGUGCAAGCAGUGUUUUUUUUUUUUUUCUUUCUUUCUAAUUGAAGCAAUCACAGGCAGACAAAAGACACGGCAGUAGAUGGCAGCUGGUCUGACACAGAUCUGCUGUCAGGGCAGAAAUUACUCUGAGCUCCUUCAGGUCAUCACAGGAGAGAGAAGUAAUUAUCUCAAGGGGGGAAAAAAACUAAACAAAAAACAUACUUUUGAUGUUGACCUAAAUAUCGUUUGAUACUGUGGCAGUCUCUAGGCUUUGUAGAGGUUUAAAUAAAAAAUUUCCAGACACCACAUCUGUAAUUAUUCUCCCCCCUCAGUGAUCUCCUCAUCUCUCUUUGAGCUUUGGUGAUGUUUUAGCAAGCUUACUGUUUUUUCCUUCAUGUAUCCAGGAGCAGCCACCUCACGCCCAGUAUAUUUCCAUGAGAACAUGACCUCCCCUUUGAAACAACAAAAGGUCUCAUUAGAAGAAUAGUUAAAUGUUGUAUAGGGUGGGGGUGAGCAAAAGAAUGGGUGUCCACUGUUCAACAAGGAGUAGCACAAAACUGGUACAAGAGGCUUUGUGGGAACUUGGUUUAAGUUUUCCUGAUGGAAAGCUGUGCGUGUGGGAUCUGAGGCUGAAGUAGAGUCAAAAAAGGGAGUGAUCCUAGAUUAUAACCUGUCUAGUCUUUAUUUAUUUAUUCACGUAUUUAUUUAUUUGUUUAGUUGACAGAUGUGUGACAGCAAUCAAAUAUGGGCUGUGUGCUAAGUUACAUGCCUGUCAUGACUCAAGUCAAGCUUCCCAUUCAACAUAUGUUAGUGGCUUAUUUUCUGUUGCUUCAGUCAGCUCUUUGCAGCUGAUCUUGCUAAACCUGUAUGAGAACAGGCUGUCCAAAACAGGCAGGUAUGGCAGCUGCUGUCUGGUCAGGGGGUAAGACUCCCAUGGCUCACUAACAACCCUUUACCUAGGAUUUAAUAGGAGGGGGGGGACGGACGACAUCUUAGAUUGUUCUUUCACACAAUAAACGGCCUUUCCGUCGCACUAAGAGGACUCACCUCAUUGUGUUAUUUUUGCUGUGGCAGAACAGAUUGUGAUUAGUUAAGAUACUGCUGUUGAACCUUAAGCUUUCUUAUUGCAGCUGAAGUGGCAAGUCCUCACGAUCAGACUGCCUGCUGUUGUGUUGUAAAAAGACUUUGUGAGGGAGAUAAUGCAAAGAUAAAUUUGCUGCACUUAUGCAAUCCCAUUGACGGGCAUUUCACUGUGAUUAAGGCUCACUUAGAUCUCCUCGGGCUAAAUCAUUACAUACACAUUUGAACUGACAGGAAAGUAUUCACCUGUGAUCGUGCUUUGAAAGAGACGUAAAUUAUACCUCGUCGUAAAUUUGUAGCUCAGUCUUUCCCGUCUCGUCUAAUCCUGACUGAUUACCUUAGCGGGCUGGAUGUGUUAUGUGAAUAGUGGGAGGAGUCUGCUUGUAGAUCUACAGUUCGCUGAACGUGUUCUCUCACUUUCACCUGGUGUACCGAGUGCUGGCUGUCUCUUCACCUGACAAUCAGGAAAAGUGCCGAGUGCGUUUGAAGUGUUUGAGGGUGGGAUCUGUAGAUCUGGCAAUGUCUUCAAAAAGUGCCUUGGAGGUGUAUAAGGAGAUGGUGCUGGUGUAUUUGGAGGAGGGCCGGCAGCAGGUGAACUCGCGCUGCGCCCAUCUGGAGCCGUGGCAGAUCAUCGGAGUGACAGUGAUCACCACAUUGGGAGCACUAUGGGUCAAAGGCUUCCUCUUCCAGCAAGAAAGUCUGACAUCACGAAUCAAGAAGCAGUGCUUUAGACUCAUCAGAAAAAUACCCUUCGUCGGCGGGGCAAUCCAGAGCCAGCUGAACAAGGCUUUGGAUGACAUGUCUGCUAGUCUAUGUACCCUCAAGGAGGGGAUGAGCUACACCACAGAGCUUCCCUCCAAAGGUCUCUCUCAGGCCAAAGUAAUGGAGAAAAUCAAGGAGUACGACACCCUGAAUGAGGUGAAGUGGGAUAAGGGAUUGGUUUCUGGGGCAGUGUACUGGGGUGAUGAGUCACUGACCAAACUCCUAGUGAAGGUAUAUGGAGAUUUUGCAUGGAGCAAUCCACUCCACCCAGACAUUUUUCCUGGCGUACGGAAGAUGGAAGCAGAAGUUGUCAGAAUGGCUUGCACACUCUUCCAUGGUGGGCCUAACUCCUGUGGCACAGUCACUUCAGGAGGAACCGAGAGCAUACUGAUGGCCUGCAAAGCAUACAGAGACAUCGCAUACGAGCGAGGCGUCAAACACCCUGAAAUCCUUGCACCUGUGAGCGUCCACGCAGCUUUUGACAAAGCGGCACAUUAUUUUGGGAUGAAGCUGGUUCACAUUCCUCUCGACAAGAAAACUAUGAAAGUGGAUGUGAAGGCCAUGAGGAGAGCCAUCAGCAAGAACACAGCCAUGCUUGUCUGCUCAGCUCCCCAGUUUCCUCAUGGAAUCAUAGAUCCCAUUGAGGAAGUAGCCAAGCUGGCUGUACGCUACAACAUCCCGAUGCAUGUGGAUGCCUGUCUGGGUGGUUUUCUUAUUGUGUUCAUGGCCAAGGCUGGUUACCCACUCGCCCCAUUUGACUUCAGGGUAAAAGGUGUUACCAGCAUCUCUGCAGACACACACAAGUAUGGCUACGCCCCCAAAGGUUCCUCAGUGAUCCUCUACAGCGAUAAAAAGUACCGUCAGUACCAAUACUUUGUAGCUGCUGACUGGCAAGGGGGGAUCUAUGCCUCACCGUCUAUAGCGGGCUCCAGGCCAGGAGGAAUCAUCGCCGCCUGCUGGGCGACCAUGAUGUAUAUGGGAGAGAACGGCUACGUAGACGCCACCAGGAAGAUCGUCAGCACAGCUCGCAAGAUCAAAACAGAAAUCCGCAAGAUUAAAGGGGUGUUUGUGUUUGGGGAUCCGGAGGUGUCGGUGGUGGCCAUCGGCUCGGAUGAUUUUGAUAUUUUCCGUCUGUCUAACGCACUGACGUCAAAGGGCUGGAAUCUGAACACAUUGCAGUACCCGUCCAGCAUCCACAUUUGCUGCACAGUUUUGCACACUCAGCCAGGGGUCGCUGAUCACUUUAUUCGUGAUGUCAAAGAGCAGGUCGCCAUCAUCAUGAAGAACCCCAAAGAGAAAACUACAGGAAUGGGAGCGAUCUACGGCAUGGCCCAGGCCAUCCCAGACAGAUCCCUAGUCACGGAGAUCUCCCGAGGUUUCUUGGACUGUCUCUACAGCACUGAGGUGACCAAGUCAAACAUCAGCCACAUGAAUGGCAACGGCAAAGCCCACUGAAAAGGGAUUGGUCCCUCCUGGCCCGACAACACUGCAUGCAGGGAAACGCUCUUGCCUCCUCCCAGAGCUCUGAUUUUUAAAUCGUUCAACGGUUGCCUUAUCUUGCAUACCUGCACCAUAUAUACAUAUGUAAACAAACAUCUGCAGCAAUCUUUGAAGCACAAGCCAUUGUCAUUCUAAUCAGCUUAGGGGGAAAUUCCUCGUAACACUGCGCCUAAAUGGUACAGAGAAGACAUGACUGGGUCCAAACGAGUUUUAACCUCUGAUUUGAUUUUAAAUUAUGUAGAGGAAAUGUGUUUGUUUUUUCUGUUUGACAUUUCAUUUCAAUUUUAGCUUUCAUUUAAUACACGUCUGUCAUGAUAUCUACUGAUUGCAUAGUAAAACCUUUCAGCUUUUUUUAAUACCAGAACAUUUCAAUGCCGUCACCGCUUCACUUCACUGUCCACGACGACUUUGCAAAAACAAACCACUCGAAAGCUCAAAAUGUGCUAGAAUCGCUGUGCUGCCUGUAGCUUAUAAACUGAUGCACUGCUCUGAACUGGCUGUACAUGCCUGUGUAUUAUCAUCAAAAGGGUGGUUUAAUGUAAAAGCAUUGCAAUGCCCUAAAAACUACAUAUCAGGUUAAUAUGUACAUCACUUGAAACCAGAGUUUAUCUGCAAACCUGAACAUGUAUGUCCUUGUUUUGUUAGCACUCAUUUACCUUCAUUUGUUGUUCAUCUACUGUGGUUGGUAUUAUAGACAGUGGGAAUGGGAGUUUUUAAUGUUAUUAAUAUCCACUAAAACUCUUAAUUUUAAUAAGAGAGAACAGGGGCAUUAAUAUUUUGAAAGAGGCUAGUGAUAUCCAAAGCUCUCCAGCUACUUAUCAGUUACUUGGAUAAUCAAGUAGCAGAAACUCAAUUAUUCCUCUGUAUUCUGCAAAGUCACCUGUGUGUCACCUCGUUGUAAUAAUUUGUGUCCUAAUUCAAUCUACCUCAGUUUCCACUAAAUGCAAACGUCAUUAUUUCAUCCAGUGAAACCCAUUCAAACUGGGCGUCAGUUUUCCAUUUCUCACAUAACAAAAGCGUUACAGCAUUUGGGGCAUUUGACAGACUGCACUAAAGUGUUCUUAAAUACACCGAAAGGGAACAUCUCCGCUGUGAGCGAUCCACAGAUGGAGAUUCUUUAAACUUGGGAGAAAUCAGCUGUUUGCCCUGACUGACUGUGGACAUGAUGUAUUCUAGUAAAUAUCUAGUCAGCAGGAUAUGUUACUCACAGAUUGAUAACUUAAAAUGCAUACUGUAACACCAAAAGGACCUUGCUCUCUGUUUCUCAAAUGCUUUCAUCUAACAUUGCUGAAAAUUCCUUGAAUUUAGUUCCAUGUUUGUGCAAUAUGUAACUUCUCCUUGGUGAAGUGUAACAAAUGGGAAUGCUCUACAUGUUUAGCAGAAACAUUGUAGUGAAUGACAACUUAUCAGCCUUGAUUAGUAAAUUUUAAGCAUUUGUGUGACCGCUCCAUUUUGCUUCAUUUGACUCUUUUUGUGAACGUUUGUGUUUCAACUGUUUUUAUUUACUGGGAGCUUUUUGAAGAGAUUUGGCAUGAAUGUAAUUACAGUCUCACACGUGCAAGAAUGUCCCAUCUUGUAGCCAGUGCCUGGUUUAAAGACUGAUUAAACAAUCCAGCUAACAGUUAAAGUUCA